GCGCCACCUGGACGUCCCGGUGCAGACUCCCGCAGUAAGGAGCAUGCUAGCACGCUGACUGACUUACCCCUUGCUCCAGGAGAGCCCGCAGUGUUAUGAUCAUUGUGCCGACUGGAGCUCCCGACCGACCGCCCGCCCGAGCCGCUUCGUCCUUCCCUGGGCGCCGAGUGGCGCACACCUCCGGGAGGAAGGACCCGUCAGACGGAUUAGUUGAAUCGGCGUGGCUGAUCUCUCGCCUCCGGCUAUUGGACGCUCCUGACUUGUCGCUGUCAAGCCGCGGGGAUGAUCCAAUUAUGUGUUUAGCGGCGAGGUGCUAAGAAUAGAGCAAAUUACAGCAAAGGGGGGCGAAAAAAGAAAAAAAAAAAGUUUCUCAAAUGAACGAUGCCAACCUGCAGAUCCACGCCGAAGACGAGGUGCUCUUCCCGGGGAGACGUCGAAGCAGCGAUGCGAUGAUCGGGAGGAUGACUUUGGAUCCUUGGUGGGAGCACUGAAGACGGAGCACAACGACGGACAGGAUUGGGUUACAUAUGUGACCAGGUGCAUGCUGGGAAUGUGUGCAGGAUGAGCAGCACAUUUGUCACAUUAGCAGAAGUACUGGAGGCCCGAGGGGGGCCUCUGCUGGAAGAGGAGGUCUGGUCCCUGCUGCUGGCUACUGCAGAGUGUUUAGUGGAUGCCUCCGAUAAAAGUCCUAACAAUAUGUGCAAUAUCAUCAGCCCCUCCUCCUUGCUGCUAUCAGCUACUGGUACCUUAGCGUUUAAGAACUGUGGCCUAUCGGAGGAGGCGUCGACCUUCACCGCUCCAGAGAUGCUGCAGGGCCGCGCCAGCUCCACCAAACCUGCCAUAGAGAGGAUGCUGGUGUAUUCACUGGGAAUGACUCUCUACUGGUCAGUUGAUUUUCACCUACCUCAAAAUCAGCCGGUCCAGUUGAGCGACCAUCUAAACGGCCUCCUCCUCAGCAUGUGCGAGGACGUGUCCCACCGCAGGCUCAAUCUCACCUCCAUCCUGGAAGCCUGCGAGUCCCAGCAGAAAGCCUCCAACCUGCCGCCCUCCGCCGACGUCAUCAGGCAGCUGGUGGAGGAGGUCUUCAGUGACUCUAUGGACCAGGGCUCUGACAGCGGCGUGCCACUGAGUGGGCGGAGCCAAAUGAUCAGAGAAAGGCUUCAUGUCUGUCACCUGGUGACAGGAAGAAGAGGACCAUUAGCAGACUUCACUGAAGCUUGUUCUGAAAGGAGAAGAUACUCCACAGACUCUGACUCCAAGUCGGGGAGUUUACCUCAGAGAUCUUGGAAACACAGACCAAGGAGCUCACCGACACUUCUGUACCAGUCGUCUUUGGAAAGGCUCCCCCGAGGGGCUCGUCGCAGGGACAGCACCUGCAGUUGGCUAGGUCGAAGCCCCCACCACGACGUGUCUCCGAAGGCGUCGGGCAGGUCUCACAGUCCUUCCAUCACCUUCAGUGAGUCCUCCAUCAGCCUGAGCCAGAGGAAAGCCAAGGCUUUGGGUCCAGAGUUUAUCCGAAUGGCUGACGAACAGCAAAUUGUUCUAGAGCUUCCAGGGUCUAUUGUGUCGAGAAAGGGCCGCCUGUGUUCGUCUCAGAGAGAAGUGACGGUGGUGCUGCCGAGUGGGCAGUACGUGGUGGUCCGCUGUGACGUCAAGUCUCAAGCGAGAGACGUUUUUGACAUGGUGGUGGCACACGCGAAUCUAGUAGAGCACUUCUACUUCGGGCUUGCCUUCCUGGAUGAUGAUGAAUAUUUCUUCCUGGACCACGAAACCAAGAUCUCCAAAGUGGCUCCCGACAGUUGGAAAAAAGGGCAGAUACUUUCCUUUUUGGUGUUUCUACGGGUCAAGUUUUUUGUUGACGAUAACGCCUUCAUUUUGCACAGACUGACGCGCCACCAGUACUACCUGCAGUUGCGCAAAGACAUCUUGGAGGACCGCAUUUACUGCAACGAGGAGACCGGCUUGUUUCUGGCCGCUCUCGCUCUGCAGGCUGAAUUUGGGGACUACAUGCCAGAGUUGUACGGGAAGAGCUAUUACCAGCCAGAGCAUUACGUGUCAAAGAGGAUGCUGGAGAGGCUGGCUUUGCCCAAUGUGAAGGAGGAGUUGCCGAGACUACAUGCAAGUCAUGCUCCCAUGGGACCUGAAGAGGCGGAAACAGAAUAUCUGAAGAUUGCCCAACAACUGCCAGAGUACGGAGUUAUGUUCCACCGUGUGGGCAGAGAAAAAAGGCCUGUGAUCGGAGAAUUGGUUUUGGGGAUCUGUGCCAAAGGAAUGAUUGUGUAUGAGAUGAAGAACCAGCUCCGGACUGUCACUCGACGCUUCCUCUGGAGAGAAACCGACUCGAUUUCCACUGGGCGACGUAAACUAAUCAUCGAAUGUGGUGGACCAAGUGGUAAAAAGCACAGUUUUAUAACGGAGAGCUCAAAAAUAGCACAAUACCUCCUCAACCUCUGCUCCGCACAGCACAAAUUCCACAGCGAGAUGACGUCACGACAACAGAACCAUAGUAUGAUGCCAGAUGAAAGCAUGUCAGUCUACCCGGGUUGUAACAUGAACCUGAAGCGGAUAUCGUGCUCUGAGGGCAUGUUGAACCAUGUUGGUUUAGCACCGGGUCAACCGGAGUCGCUUUCCAAAUCCUGCGAGGAUCUGACCGCCAAGUUGGAGGCUCGACUACGGCAGCAGAGAGAGAUGAGGCGGAGAAUGAGCAGGGAGAUGAACAAGGAAGGGACGGGAGAACUCAGGGAUCUGAAAGAGCGUCCCUACUGGAGCACGCCCGAGUCGAUUCCCAGGAUGAUGUCCAGCGUUUCGCUGCAGAAACAAGACUGGGAUGCUUCUUAUUCCAUACGAGUCGACACACCAACAAGGUCUUCCCCAGAGAGGGAAAUCAUCUGUGUAACCCUCAAGAAGGAUCCCAAACUUGGCUUUGGCUUUGUGAUCGUAGGUGAGGACAAUACAGGUAAACUCGACCUUGGGAUCUUCAUUGCCUCCAUUGUGCCCGAUGGACCUGCGGACAAAGAUGGACGGAUCAAAGCCGGCGGACGUCUAAUCUCCCUAAAUAAAACCAGUUUGGAAGGGGUAACGUUCAGCGAUGCUGCUGUCAUCUUACAGAGUAGUCCUGAGGAAGUGGAGUUGAUCGUGUCCCAGCCAAAACAGUGUCUAAAAGACAGUAAGAACUCCCUGUGCCAAAGCACCUUGGGGUUGGCCUUGGAGAGGAGCUUUGGCUCUCAGACCACACUAAGCGGCACAGAGUUCCGCCACGCCAUGGAUGAACUGGAGGAGGCCAUCACCCUAUCCAGCAUGGCUACCCCCAAACGGAAUCGGAAACUUCACAUUCCAGUGGUGCGAAUACACGACGCGCAGGACAUUUGCUCCAGAUCUCCUUCAGUCCUAAGUCUAAAAGCUGGGGAGAAGUUUGUAGUGGAGCUAAAGAAGAGCAGCGGGAGUCUUGGCAUCAGUGUUGCAGGAGGAAUAAACACGAACAUGAGAUAUGGAGGCAUUUAUAUCAAAAGUCUGGUGACUGGCGGUGCUGCAGACCAAGAUGGACGCAUUCAAAUUGGGGACAGACUGCUGGAGGUUGACGGCUCUAACCUGAGGGCCGUGACUCACCAACAAGCUGUCGAGUGCCUGAAGCGGACUGAGGAGGUGGUGAACCUGCUGCUAGAAAGAGAACCAACAGUCAUCUUGGAGCCCAGGACCGACAACCCCUUCCCCACCUCCAUUCACAGUGCAUCAAACGCACAGCCCCCCAGGACUGAGGUCUCCUUGGAAACAACCUUGAGUGGCCGAGCCAAGGACUACAGCUUUGUGACUGAUGAAAACACGCAUGAAGUGAUACUGAAGAAAAGUUUGUCGGGGCUAGGCUUUAGUUUCAACAUUUCCCAGCUGCACUCAGGUCCAGAUAGGGGCAGCGUGGUUCGCAUCAAGCGCCUGUUCCCCGGUCAGCCGGCCCUGGAGAGUGGUCUUUUACGAGAAGGGGACAUUAUCCUAUCUGUCAACAAAGAGCCUGUCAAGGAUCUUUCCUACCAGAGAGUUUUGUUCCUGCUUCGUGGCGCCCCUUCUGAGGUUCACCUCUUGAUCUGUCGACCCAAUCCAGGAGUGUUUUACGACGCUGAUGACAACACUCUGAGUCCUGCACCCACCAGGGAAACUCGCUCUCGCUCUCUGGACAUCCGACUAGGAGACGACUACAGCCAACUUCUUAAGUUUCAAUUCGACCUCAACAUAAAUGCUCAGAGGCCGGCCUCUGCCCUCGAAGAAGAGCUGCCCGAGACGUCAGAGAAAAGUCAAGACCCUCCUGCAGCUCCACGGUUUUCCGAGGACCAACAGAGGGAAGUCCAAGGCCAACAGACUCCUCCAUUGUCACCUCGUAAAGGGUCACCUCCCGUACCCACUUCUCCAACGACGCCAAUCUCGCCAGUCUCACCCGCAUCGCCUAUUUCACCAAUCUUGCCUCAAGUUUGCUUCCGACCAGCUCAACAAUUGUCGACGCCAACUUCCAAGAAACCAGGAGGACAAGAGGAGGUGGAGACAAAGAAGGCAAGCGAGGAUGGGGAGGUGGUUGUUGCAGCAAGUUCAGCUGCCAUAUUAAAUUACAUCUCUCCCAAGACUGCUUCAAACUCUAAGUAUGCCAGUGGUGUUCGAGAAGAGGCAGACGGAAGUGUGACUUAUUGCCUGGUGGGAAAUGGACUGACUAUCAUGGCAGAUGAGGAAUAUUUGACCAUUACUUCCACUUUGGAACCUCAACAAGGUUUUCAGUCCAAUCAAGCCACACAAACGCCAGUAUCUGACCUCACAGGCCUCAAGUCUGAGACCAUGAUCACUUCCUCAAGUUUCUCACAGACCUCCAAUACAGCAUGUAGGUUUUCACAAACCCCUAACACAUCUUCUGGUCUCUCGCAGACCUCCAACACAUCAUCUGGUUUUUCUCAGACGUCCAACCCUAUUUCCUCUCAGACAUCCAAAAUAUUGUCAAAUCUCUCUCAAACUUCCGAUACUUUGUCUAGUGUCAGCUCUCAGAAUCCCAUCACUACAUUGUCACUGCUAAACCUCUCGUCUGACACCCUGACGACUUGUGCCCUGGCGCACCCGUCUCAGCCGCUCACCACUCAGCCGUCCAAGGCCAAGCACCACCACUCACUUCUUCCACAGCAAUGCAAAUCCCUUCCCAAAAACAGCGAGCCUACUGUGCCACUCCCUCAGAAUCCCAUUCCACCAGGGAACCCCAUCACGACCCAAAUCAUUUCUUCAACACCUCCUUGCAUCAGCGCACCUGCUCCCACAGUACCCCCACCGGUCCAGAGCCACGCACAGAGGAGAGAUGAGCCAGAGAAGAACAAAAGGGAAUUUAAGGAUGAUGAUGAGGAGGAGGAAGAUGAAGAAGAGAGUAGAAGAAAGGCAUUUGUGAAAGAAUUUGAGUUGACGGUACUUCUGACCAAGUCCAGGAGUGGAAGCUUUGGGUUUACCAUCACCCGAAGCAAACUGGACAACUGCUACUACAUACAGGAAAUACUGGAGAACCCAGCAAAGUCAGACGGACGCCUCCGAGCAGGAGACAGACUUAUUACGGUAAAUGGGCAUGAUGUUACCAAAGUGGCAGAUGAAAUUGCCAUGACAAUUCUCAGGUCCUCUCCCAGGAGACUCAGUAUGACACUGGGGAGGGCUGUUACCAACCUGGUGGCGCCCCCUUCUUGUGACAGCCUGCCUGAUAUCGUCCUUUACAAGACACCUUCAGGACAGCUAGGCAUUAAAUUGACUGGCGGCAUUGGCAGCAAAUGGCAGGGCAUUUACUGCCUGGAGGUAGUGCCAGGCUCCCCGGCCAGCGAGGAGGGCAGCGUUCAACCCAAUGAUAAGAUCCUCUACAUCUGCGGCAGAUGCACUUUGGGGAUGACCCUGGAAGACGCCGUCAAAGCUUGUGAGAUCGCCCCGCGUAAAGUCAAACUCAGAAUCCUGAGAGAUGAGCAGCCAGUGCCUCCCAAGGCCAAAUGGAAUGGUCUGUUUGACUGGAAAAAGGAUAAGAAGAUUGUUGCUCGCUUUGAAGAGCCUGUCUCUCCAGAGAGAGAAUCACCACCUGAAGAUAUUGAAGCCGUUAAUAGAACUGCUGGUAACUUCAGAUGUCUGUCUGUGGCUGAACAGCAAGAUAGUUGCAUCAUGCAAGUGGAUUUUUCCAAACCAGAAGGUGGAGGUCUUGGGUUUGCUUUGAUCGGAGGGACCAAUGGCAGCAUGCUUAGGGUGAAAGAAAUCUGCUCUGGUGGUGUGGCUGAGCAAGAUGGUCGUCUAAGAGUGGGAGAUAUUCUUUUAGAGGUGAAUGGUGUCAUUGUGUCUGGACUGAGCCACAGUAAAGUGGUGGAUCUUCUGCGUAAAGCCGAGGGCACGGUGCAGCUCACCAUCUGCAGAGACAUCCUGCCGCUGACCUAUUCCGAGUCACCCACACCACCCAAUAUGGCCACAGAGACCGACACUGUCAUGGCGGAGCAGCCGGUUACCACCUCUGAUGCUUCAACCUCACCAGACACUAUGCUGAAUAAGCCAGUGAAGCGCCCGCCUGAACCGACUGCUGAGUGUGUGUUUAAUGAAUCGGGUGUGUUAGUCACCACGCCUCCUCCUCCUCCACGACAACUGACCGUGGUGACGGAUGAAACGGCACUCGAUGAGGAGAGCUGUGACAGCACUCCUUCUCACCAAGCUUGCUGCCCGUCACUGAACGUCACUGAAAUGUUGCACGGAGCUUCUGACAGGAGACAAAUUGUGACCAAACUGUUGGACCGGUCCUGCAAAGGCACCCGGAAACCCCAAUCGGACGGCUGGAGCAGCGAAGAAGACACAGACGACGUGUUUGACGUCGCUGGUCAUCAAAUGACCUCGUCCCAGACAGGCCCUCCUAUAGUAACAGAGGAGGAACUGGCCAGUUUAGCCCUCAUUAGCCCGACGGGAAGCAACCAGUAUUCAGGAUCCAGGGUCAAAGCCCUCAUUCAGAUACUGCAGCAUCAACUAGACCAGCAGGAACUGAUCAAAGAAUUCAUGGCUCUGGAGCACCUGAAGCCUUCUGACGACUGUCUGAUGGGAAAAGCCCCUGAGAACAGAGACAAGAACCGCUACAGAGACAUCUUACCCUACGACAAAACCCGCGUCAGCCUGGGCGAGAACGGCGAAUACAUCAACGCCAGCUAUAUCCGUGUGCAAGUCGGGAGUGAAGAAGUCUCCUACAUCUCCUGCCAAGGGUCGCUACCCUCCACGGUGUCGGCAUUCUGGCAGAUGAUCUGGGAAAACAAAUCGGACGUGAUAGCCAUGAUGACGCAGGAAGUGGAAAGGGGAAGGGUCAAAUGUCACAAGUACUGGCCAGAGAAGAUGAGCGAACCCCUUGACACGGGCAAGUAUCAGGUCCACCUGGAGAACCAGCAGUACUUGGAGUACAUCCACAUCAAGCUCAUCCGUGUCGUGGAAAAGGAGACGGCUGAGAGCCACACUGUCCAUCACCUGAAGUUCACACACUGGCCCGAUCACGGUGUUCCGCACUACUCCGAGCACCUGGUUCGCUUCAUCCGCUACCUGCGCUCCGUACACAGCAAGGGGCCCGUCACGGUCCACUGCAGCGCCGGCAUCGGACGCUCGGGAGUUCUCAUCUGCACUGACAUUAUUCUCAGACUCAUUGAGAAGGAUUUGCCUAUCAACGUCAGCAACAUCGUAAAGGAGAUGAGACUUCAGCGGCACGGGAUGAUUCAGACCAAGGAACAGUACCUCUUCUGCUACAAAGUCUGGUUGGAGGUUUUACAGGGCAUUUUACAGCUCCACGGCACCCAGUGGCAGCCGGAAAGUCCCCAAGACCACAAAAUUGUUUGAAUGUUUGCGUUUGUGCGAGCGAGCGCACACCUUCCUACAACACGCUUGACUGUUUUCAUACAGCGUGUGUGUGUGUGUAGGCACUUACAUACAGUACAUGUCCUCCUUGUGUGUUUGUCUUUAGACCUCCGAGGGAAUUCUCACAUUUUUCAGGCUUAGUGAUCUGCCUUAUAUCUCCUUUAUUUGAUCGGAUUAUGUCUCUCAAUGGCGUUAAGUUUGCAAAUUGCCAUCAUUUGUCAUUAGUAGUUUAAAAGGUAGGACUGAUCUCCAGGUCACCAGUGCAUAAGCAUCGGAUCAUCUUACCAAAGUUUAUUAUCUGAUAAGUCGACGGAUGUGAGUUGUUUUUAUUUCAUUAAGUGCAUUUGUACCCUGGACGAAAAACUAGGGCUUUCGGGCAAAAAGAACAUUAUUGAUUGUGCGAAUCAUCUAAAGGAAUGAAAAGAAUCAAGUGCCUUGGAAUGACUCGUGCGCCGCUUCGACCCUGAGCUGCUAGUCACAAGUGGACGGACCGCGGAUUUGACCCGAAUGUGCGGAUUUUGGUCUUUUUUGCUGUUAAGUAUUUGCUUAAUCCAAAGCACAGACAAGUUCGUGGUCACAGUGUAAAGAUUUGUUGUUUUUUUUCGGAGCCCAUUUUUGUAUGAAAAAAAAAACCCUGCAGAUAAGUUAACAUAACACAUUUAUACAUUUUCAGUUCCCGCUGAAAAGGCUUACCGUAUUUUUCGGACUAUAAGUCGCAGUUUUUUUUUCAUAGUUUGGCCGGGGGUGCGACUUAUACUCAGGAGCGACUUAUGUGUGAAAUUAUUAACACAUUACCGUAAAAUAUCAAAUAAUAUUAUUUAGCUCAUUCACGUAAGAGACUAGACGUAUAAGAUUUCAUGGGAUUUAGCGAUUAGGAGUGACAGAUUGUUUGGUAAACGUAUACAGUGUUUCCCAUAAACUGCCAAGAUACCUGUGGCGGUGGGGGCGUGGCUAUGGGCGUGGUCACCAUGACAUCAUCGAGUAAUUUGCAUAAUGUACUACAAUGAUAUGAUUUUCUCUAAAUAGGCUCAAAAAAUGUAUACUUACUAAUUAAUAAUAACAGUUUUGUUUUAAACGUCCAUCCAUCCAUUUUACAAUAUAAUUACAACACUUUAUGUACAUAUUUAUAUACAGAAUUGAACAAUAAGUUAUUCACUGAAAUAUAUUUAUUAAUUGUGGUUCUUACAAAAAAUAUAUCUUAUAAAAUAUAAAAGCUAAAAUGUCUCUUAAAGCUCUGCCCCUUUAAUUAGUGCAUACUAAAUAAUUUAACUUUAGCCUACUACUACAACCAUAUUAUUUACCAGCAACAUAAAGUUAAACAGAGGCAGAGGUGUCCUGCCACAGUCAGUAACAAAUAAACAGAAAACAGUAGUGGUCAAAUACAAAUAAGGCAACAAGAGACACUUCUCUUUUGUAAAGUAAAUCUGAACAGCCGAUAUGGGCAUCUACAUCAACUAUAUGAUUUGCCUGAGAAACUGGACAGGACAAAAAAAAAAAGAAAAAAAAAAUCUAUUUGUGGCGGACGUAAUUCUUUCGUGGCGGGCCGCCACAAAUAAAUGAAUGUGUGGGAAACACUGGUAUAGCAUGUUCUAUAUGUUGUAGUUAUUUGAAUGACUCUUACCAUAAUAUGUUACGUUAACAUACCAGGCACGUUCUCAGUUGGUUAUUUAUGCCUCAUAUAACGUACACUUAUUCAGCCUGUUGUUCACUAUUCUUUAUUUAUUUUAAAUUGCCUUUCAAAUGUCUAUUCUUGGUGUUGGGUUUUAUCAAAUAAAUUUCCCCCAAAAAUGCGACUUAUACUCCAGUGCGACUUAUAUAUGUUUUUUCCCUUCUUUAUUAUGCAUUUUCGGCCGGUGCGACCUAUACUCCGGAGCGACUUAUACUCCGAAAAAUACGGUAAGCGCCCUGUUACAAACGAUAUGUUCCGGUUGAAUUUGUGAUUACAGCCUUUAUCUGUUUUCACUGGCUAUUUUAAUACAUGCAAUUCUAUUGAAUGAGGUUUACAUAAUGUACAGGAACAAAACAACGACUGAUUUAUACCUCUACUUUUUAGCUGCUAUCGCACGCUCAUCGGCCCCUUCUACACAGCCUGCCUUUUUUUUCUGCGUGGUUCUUCUUUUUGGAGGUAAUACCAGAGCCGUAACUGUGUCUAAGGGUAUUCAGCACUUGUCCCUCCGGUUUGUGUUGAAAGCAAUUGACUUAAGUGUUUUAUAAGCUUAUCUAAUUUCCUCAUUCUGUAUUAAGAGUUACAGUUUUGACUCCGUGCAGCAAUUUUUGCAGGAUCUCUGUGUAAAAGGGGCUCCGCGCGCACACACCAGCUCCUAUACUGCAUGCGCACUCUUAAAGGAGUUGACUUGAACAUGAUGUGGAAUGUAACAAAACCAAGCAAUAGUGUAGAGAGCCAUCACUCUGAAAAUGUGAAUGCUUUUUUUUUUUUCCUCCCCUUGUUGGAACGCGAGCGAGCACAUUGCGGUUUGAUGUGUGAACAAAUGCCGACUGUGAAGAAGGUGCUUGAGCAUCGUGAAAUGUAAUAAUCCUUACUUGCACUGCUGCGUAUCUAUGCUAUAAAUGCAUAACUUGUCACUGCUAUAUGUAACCCCCCCCAAAUGGAACAACCUCUCUUAUUAAAAACUAUACUGAGAUGUGCUCGUGCGUUUUUUUAGCGCCCCCUGACACCCCGACGCGCUGUAACUCAACUUGAACAACGGAACAGGCGCUGAGCGGCAACAAGGGAGAAGGACAGGGCCUUAAAUCUAAUUCCACCGAGCACCUCGCCACUUUUUACUGCGGGCUGUGCUCCCUCUCGGGUUUUACUGCAGGGUAAAUAAGCGGCUCUCACAGAGGGCUUUGUGACAGCCUGGAAACGCACUGCACGCUCUGCACGCACGUCGACCUGACUUCGAGGGAAAGGCGGUCUCGAAGGAGCAAGAUGGACUCCCCCGCUUCCUGUCUGUGCUUGCAACCAAUGUGCUAUCACUCACUUUGACGUCAAUAAACAUGCUGUAAUUAUAAAUGCUGCAUAAACAGUAAUAAACUGCAUAGGUGUGGGCUCAACGCUUAACAUUUUCAAGACAGUAAUCUCUCGUUUGUCGCCGGACAUGACCGCGAUAAUACAUUUCCGCGAAGUAAGAAUCGUUAAUAAUAAAUGAAAAAAUAACAAAAAACUGUUUACUACAAAACCCAAAACCAGUGAAGUUGGCACGUUGUGUAAUUGGUAAAUAAAAACAGAAUACAAUGAUUUCAAAAUCAUUUUCAACUUGUAUUAAAUUGAAUAGACUGCAAAUACAAGAUAUUUAAUGUUUGAACUGAGAACUUUUUUUUUUUUUUUGCAAAUAAUCAUUAACUUAGAAUUUAAU